CCCGGCGAACCACUCGCUCGCUCGACUCGUCGCCGGAAUCAGCGCCGGACCAUGAGAGCCCACUGCCUGCCGCUGCUGCUGCUGCUGCUGCUGAUGGGCCUCUGCUACGCGCUGCCGCCGCUGAUCGUCAGCCGGGAGAUCGAGAGGGUGAUGGCCGCUGCCGCCGCCGGCGCCGCCGGACCGAUCGACUUGGCCGGGUGCAGCGCCGAGCCCGAGGAGGACAUGACAACCCUCGAGCUGAUACGAGAGACCGGCUACGCGGCCGAGGAGCACUUUGUCAGCACGGAGGACGGCUACAUCCUGGCCCUGCACAGGAUCCCCGGAUCGGCCGGCGCCGGGAGCCCCGCCGUGCUGCUGCAGCACGCGCUGCUCGAGAGCUCCUUCUGCUGGGUCGUCAGCGGCCGGGCCCGCGGCUUGGGUCAGUCGACUGCCUACCUCGUGCACGCAACCUACAUCCUGGCGGACGAGGGCUACGACGUCUGGAUGGGGAACGCGCGCGGCAACAGCUACUCCCGGAACCACACGAGCCUCUCGCCCUCGGAGCCUGGCUUCUGGAACUUCAGCUGGCACGAGAUGGGCAAGUACGACCUGCCCGCGGAGAUCGAGUACAUAACGAGGCUGAAGAAGGCCAGCAGCCUGCUGUACGUGGGCCACUCGAUGGGCACGACCGCGUUCUACGCGAUGGCGAGCGAGCGGCCGGCGGUCGCCUCGAAAGUCAAGGCGAUGUUUGGCCUGGCCCCGGUCGCCUUUACCGACCACGCGAAAGGCCCGUUCUGGCUGAUCGGCUCGGCGCUCCGGCGGGCCCAGAGGAACCGGCACAGCUCAGCAGGCAACCUGGAAGGGACGAGCGAGUUCUUCGCGCAGAGCGGCUACUUCAAGUUCGCGGCCAAGUGCAUCUGCAACCGGCCGCUCCUGCGGGACCUCUGCCGGGCCAUAGUCUUCUCGACCGUCGGCUUCGACCCGCAGCAGUUGAACAGCAGCUGGCUGCCGCUCAUACUGAGCCACACGCCGGCGGGCACCUCCUUCAAGACCAUCCUCCACUUCGCGCAGGGCAUAGAGUCGCGGCGCUUCCUGCACUACGACUACGGCGCCGAGCGGAACGCCGCGAUCUACGGGAGCGCGGAGCCGCCCGAGUACGACUUGUCCAAGAUCGACGUGCCGGUCGCGCUCUUCUGGGCCGAGAACGACUUUCUCGCCCAGCCCAGGGACGUGCUGAGACUGUACGACAGGCUGCCGAGGAAAAUCGACAUGCAGAGAAUCGACAAUCCGAACUUCAACCAUCUGGACUUUCUCUGGGGCCGCGACGCGCCGGAGCUCGUCUACUCGAGGCUGCUUCGCCUCAUGGAGAGGUAUCGAGCUUGAGAAUCGACUGCCAAGACUUUGCAGCGAGAGUCGAGGGAUUCGCUGCAGUUAUAAAAUACGAAUGAGCAUUGUCAAGUAUUAUAGCCGAUCCUCUUUUAAGAUA